UUGGAAGCUGAGGGAUUUUCACCCCCCAUUGCUCCCCUCCCUCUGCACCCCCAUUAUUCUCCCCUUCACACUGGGACUGGGGAUCCCCCUCGCUGGUGCUGUUAAAUGGUGAGGUGGAGGAGUGACCAGGAUCCAGAGAAUGGUAAAUAACACUGACGACCCCUGAGAGGCUUUCUGACUUGCCCUCCUCAUGUAAAGUAUGCUCAGAACCUUUCCAGUAGUGCUGCUGGAAACCAUGUCUCACUACACAGAUGAACCCAGAUUUACUAUAGAGCAGAUAGAUCUGCUUCAGCGCCUGAGACGUACUGGAAUGACCAGACACGAAAUCCUCCAUGCCUUGGAAACCUUGGACCGUCUCGAUCAAGAGCAUAGUGACAAGUUUGGAAGGCGGUCUAGCUAUGGAGGCGGUUCCUAUGGCAACAGUACCAACAAUGUUCCAGCAUCUUCCUCUACAGCCACAGCUUCUACACAGACUCAGCAUUCUGGGAUGUCCCCAUCACCUAGCAACAGUUACGACACCUCUCCACAGCCUUGCACUACUAAUCAGAAUGGGAGGGAGAGUCACGAGAGGUUGUCAGCGUUCAAUGGGAAGAUGUCACCCACUCGCUAUCCACUUGCAAACAGCUUGGCUCAAAGGUCGUACAGUUUUGAAGCCUCUGAAGAGGACUUGGACGUAGAUGACAAAGUGGAAGAAUUGAUGAGGAGGGACAGCAGCGUGAUAAAGGAGGAAAUCAAAGCCUUUCUCGCCAAUCGGAGGAUUUCCCAAGCAGUUGUUGCACAGGUAACAGGUAUCAGCCAGAGCCGGAUCUCUCAUUGGCUGUUGCAGCAGGGGUCAGACCUGAGUGAACAAAAGAAAAGGGCAUUUUACAGAUGGUACCAGCUUGAGAAGACGAACCCUGGGGCUACAUUAAGUAUGAGACCUGCUCCAAUCCCAGUAGAAGAGCCAGAAUGGAGACAGACGCCUCCCCCAGUCACAGCUACCUCUGGGACCUUCAGACUACGGCGAGGCAGUCGGUUCACAUGGAGAAAGGAGUGCCUGGCAGUUAUGGAAAGUUACUUCAAUGAGAAUCAAUAUCCUGAUGAGGCAAAGAGAGAAGAAAUUGCAAAUGCCUGUAAUGCAGUUAUACAAAAGCCAGGCAAAAAGUUGUCAGAUUUGGAACGAGUUACCUCCCUUAAAGUGUACAACUGGUUUGCCAACAGGAGAAAGGAAAUCAAGAGAAGAGCCAAUAUCGAAGCAGCAAUCCUGGAGAGCCAUGGCAUAGAUGUACAGAGUCCCGGAGGCCAUUCCAAUAGUGAUGACGUCGAUGGGAAUGACUAUUCAGAGCAGGACACUUGGCAAGUACGCAAUGGGGAGGAGGAGGGAAGAUGUUCAGAGGGAGGCAGAGAAGCAGAGAAGGUAGAAGAAGACAGGAGGAUCUGCUCCAAACAAGAUGACAGCACUAGCCAUAGUGACCACCAAGAUCCCAUUUCAUUAGCCGUGGAAAUGGCAGCAGUAAACCACACCAUCUUGGCAUUGGCCCGGCAAGGAACCAACGAAAUCAAGACAGAGGCCCUAGACGACGACUGAUACAAAGAAGGGGGAGGGUCAAAGAAAGAAGUAACUUAGUUUUAGACGUAGCACCUUAGCAAACUUUCCUCGGUCCUUAAUAUGUGUUCUUCUUACAGUAUAACUUUGCAGUUUCUUGUACGUCAGUUAGCUGUUAGGGUCUUGUUCUGUGAAGAUGGCAUGGUGCCCUCAGCCUUUGCAUAUACUCUCUCAGUAUUAAUUCCCAGUAAAUAAUCAGUCAACCAACCAACCUCCCUCUCCCAGCCCCAGUGGCUCGAAAAUCUUGCUGCUUUGUCUUAGCAUUCCAAGAAAGUGCUUCCAGGUAUUUUAGAGAGUCCUCAGUUCCAAGUCUUAGGCUACAUUUCAAAUCUUGGAUACCCUUAGCCAUCAUGUAAAACUAGUCUGUACGCUUUUCCUUCUCCAAGACUGAAAGGAUGGAAGCUGAGGUAGAGGCACAGGGUCGAUGGACACCAUAUUGAGAGUAUCAACAGAGAGUAAAAAGAACACUAGAAACCCCACUUCAGCAUGGGAAUAAGUGAUUUCCAGCUGCAAUAAGCCGUGCCUCACUGGUCACACAGUGACUUGAUAUACUUCUUUUGGGUACUGCACUGAGAAUAUCCAUGGGAAACAUAUUCACACAUUUCGGUUGAUGCUCACAUAUUCAACACAGACAUCCUCUACUCUCACAAGCUGCAUGGCUUAGUGGAUAAAAUACUGCCUUCUGCCUCUGGGACCAUGAUAGAAGCCCAGCCUGGGAUCACAUGAAAAAUGAGCUGAAUGUCUAAUGGACGGCAGUCCACUUCUCAAAACCACUAUUCAUUAUUUGGCACGUCUAGCAGUGCCUGCUCCGAAGAGGUCUAGACUCCAUCAAUCUCUCAUAGAAGUUGCGUUACCUUUUGUUCUUCCUCUCACCUUUUCCCCCUCCAGCCCCUCUCAAAAGCAAUGUUUUCAAAAAAGGGAUUAAGAUAAUAAAUGGGUGAGUUUGUACAAGUCUGUGUAACUACUGCCUGCAAUCUAACAGGCCUGAAAGGUUAUUGGAGGACUUUGGUAUCUAGUUUCUGCUAGUUAUCAACAUGGCAUCAAUAUUCACCCAAAUAUGAACACUUCUUAAAAGGCAGGAAGAUCUCCUCCUUGAGAUAUAGGGUGUAAUGCUUUUGUGUUCUCUUUACUCUGUCUUGUUAUGGUGUAAGAGAGCUGUACUGCUACAGACAAUUUAAUUAAUAAUGGGAAGCCAUAUUGAUAAUGGAUGUGGUAAUAUUUGUAAAGCAAACCUACUUUAAGUAGCAGAAACUAACGAAAUUGUUUUUCCUUGAUCACAUGUAGCACUUUUGUUACUUUUUUCUUAAAGAUAUUUAUAUUUGAUAAACCUUUUUUUUAAUCAUUUGAGAAUUCGAAAUACCAAACGACGAACUUGCAUUACAGAGUCACCCUGUGAUCACCUUGUCAUCUAGUAUCUAAAUGAUGAACUGUGUAUGCAUCUAAGAAAAUUACAUCUGCUGGCAUUGUGUGGAAGUGAUCUCUGGCAUCCUGAUAAAAGUGAUAUGUCGCUGCCGGUAAGAGGAAACUGUUCACUGGAAGCAGCACGGGAUAUGUUAGAGACGGCUAGGCUCCAUUAUAUCUUUGAAAAAAUUAAUGCAUUUACAUAGCAUUUCCACUGCAUUCCAUUUUAUCUUCUCUGCUGUAUGGAAAUGGUUUCAGAGGAAAGGUGGCUUAGUUUUGAAGCAUGGCUUUCCUUUGUCUUUUGUCCAUUUUUAAAGGUGAAGGGAAGUUACUAUGACUUGUUUCGGUUUUAUUCCUUCCCAUCUCCUCCUCCUCCCCCAGCUUUGCAAGAUGUUUGCAACUUGAAACCAUCAGAUAUAAUUGCCAGCACUUAGAAAAAGAAAGAAAGAAAAAAAGA